AUGGAUUUUUCUCGGAGAAGAAGAAGGAAACAGCAAAAAAAAAAAAGUACUGAAGUCACGUGUAAAAAGGCAAGUCGACGGUGGUGCCGGAUCCCGUGCAAGUGCGAUUCUACCGGAAGGACAUUUCCGGCAGAAAUUCGCUUGAAAUCCUUUAGAAGGCAUUCGCACCAGGUAGAAGGAGACGUCAUCUAUCUCAGCCGUUGGUUGUUCCCUCGGGCUUGGAAACCGAACAGCAUUCAGAUCGGGACGAAGCAAGCCGUGACAGAAACACAUCAGAAAGAAAAAUAUCCCCGAUACAGGGGUUUUUGUUUCUUGCCUCUUCUUCCCAGGAACUGCGCACCACUGCACCGAUCCACGUGCAGAAGAUCACCGUGCUCACAUUUGUUGCCUUCCCUCGGUCAGGCAAAUCGACCGUGGAAGAAAAAAUCGCCAGCGAAGCGGUUUGCACGUGCAGAGUUGGGCGAGGCCUGUCAGUCGUCAUCCAGGCCGCCCACACCAAGGAAAAGCGUCGCAAGCGAUAUCCUCAGAACGUGUAGUGUAGGGCGAGGCCUGUCAGUCGUCAUCCAGGCCGCUCACACCAAGGAAAAGCAUCGCAAGCGACAUCCCCGGAACGUGCAGUGUAGGGCGAGGCCUGUCAGUCGUCAUCCAGGCCGCCCACACCAAGGAAAAACAUCGCAAGUGAUAUCACCGUAACGUGUAGUGUUGGGCGAGGCCUGUUAGCCGCCAUCAAGGCCGCCCACACUAAGGAUAAAACAUUGCCAACAAUAUCGUGCAGUCUCGUAAGGGACCUGUUAGCAGAAACAAGGGGCUCCAGGACUGAGGAAGUUUGUCGUCUGCAUCAUGCCCAGAACAUGCCAUCUCGAA